CUUCAACGUUGGUACAUUUUCGGCGGUUUACAUUCAAGACAUUAUGAUGGAUCUCAAGCGAGUUCCACUUGUUAGAGACUUCAGUUCCCUUGUGUACCCGACAUGCCCCGCUAUAAAAGGGCACUGCAAAGCACAAGUCAGCGAUCACAUGUUAUGAUUGGCUUGGACACGACGCAGAGACCCUUGCUGUUUUUCGACAACUCCUCUCCUCCAUGGCGUCUGCACAUGGGCUUCCGACAGCGACGUCAACACCGCAGAAACAGUUGCGCCGCAAUAGGUUCCAUCGUCAACUUGAUCAAACGGCGGUUAGUUUUUGCUUUGGGAUGAAGGAUACUCGGCAACGAGAUCAACGUCCAAUACAGCCCCGGGCUCCACUCUGUUUCCAAGUCCUUCAUGUCAUUGCGAUGGUGAUGGAGAAACCUGGACGGUGGAGAAAGGAUAGACAAAAGAUGGGCAUGUCAAUGGCAGCCAUGCGCCCUCAUCACUCGCCAACUCAACCCGUAUCUGGCCUUCUUCCGUCAUUACGGGGGGGUCAGGGUCUCGGAAAAGACGACAAGGGGUCAUUAGACAAGCUCGAGUCAGCAACGGGGAUGGGGAUGGGGCCGAAUUAGCUCCCAAGGGACCUCGCGAGCAAGGAUCCGAGACGGUUAUGGGCAGGCUAUAUCAAAGUUUGUACUACAUGUCCAAGCCCUCUUCACGAUCGCAGCCAUGCGCCGCCGGCGUCUAAGAGACCGCCAAGCUUACAGGACUCCGAAGAGCUU